AUGGCCUCGCAAGGUGCCUACGACUACAUUAUACUUGGUGGUGGGACAGCCGGGUGUGUCAUUGCGAAUCGGCUCUCUGAAGACUCCGAUAAAACCGUGCUUGUGAUUGAAGCUGGUAGCCACCGACCUGACGAUCCUAAGAUCAAUACGCCGGGUUUGAUGGCUGCUCUGUAUGACCAACCCGAAUAUGAUUGGAGUUUUCUUUCUGAGCCUCAAGAGCAUCUGAAUGGGCGAAUCGUCGGUCAUCCACGUGGAAAGGUCGUUGGCGGAUCAUCGGCCAUCCAGUAUGGCAUGGUCGUGUAUCCAUCCAAGGCUGGCAUUGAUGCGUGGGAGAAAUUGGGCAACAAAGGCUGGGGAUGGAACGGGAUGAGCCAUUAUUACCGGAAAUUCCAUACGUUGGGGGAGCCCUCCGACAAGACCAUUCGAGACAUGUCCCUGGCUUAUCUUGACAAGAACCUUCAGGGCAGCACGGGUCCGGUGCAAGUCUCUUUCGCCGAAGACGAUUUUUAUUCCCCCUUGCAAAAGGCUUGGCCCGAGACUUUUCGCAACCUUGGUCUCGCGGCGACAGGCGAUCCGGCGUCCGGGGAUAUGACAGGUGCUUAUAUUAACCCAUGCUCCGUGCAUCCCAAGACGAAGGCUCGAAGCCAUGCAGGAACUGCCUACUAUAGUGCCGACGUGGCCAAGCGUCCGAACCUCAAGCUCGUGACAAACGCCCUCGCCGAGAAGAUCCUGUUCGACGGAGACACUGCCACGGGCGUGCAGUUCAAGAAGGCGGAUAGAAAUCAGGUGACGGUGCGUGCCAAAAAAGAAGUCAUUGUCUGCGCGGGUGCUAUCCAGUCGCCCCAACUCCUAGAGCUGUCUGGCAUUGGGGAUGCGAAACGACUCGAGGCUCUCGGCAUCGCACCUGUGGUCGACAAUCCAUUCGUAGGAGAGAACAUGCAAGACCACGCUAUUGCCAGCAUCAGCUACGAAGUUGUUGAUGGCAUUCCAACCAUAGAGAACAUCAAAGAGCCGGGAGUACUGGACCGUUUGAUGCAACUCUACCGGGACACCAAAUCCGGUCCGCUCACAUCCAGUUGUAUCUCGUCAGCUUAUGUCCCUCUCGGCGGCGAAUUCGCCGCGGAGGGUGAGCGGCCGGAAUUAGACCGCCUACUUAAUGAAAACCUACACAUCAAAGAAGGCUCUCACCCGGGUUUGAAGAAGCAGUACGAGCUUCUCCGCUCGAUUGUGGAAGGGAGAAAAGACUCCACGAUUCAAUACUUCUCACCGGCCGUGCAGCUCUGUCCACACGCGGGGCCGAAGCCCACAGACUGGUUUGGCAUGAAAGAAGACGGCCAUUACACUGCUCUUGCCGCAUCGCUUUCUCACCCGUUCUCUCGCGGUUCGGUCCAUAUCACAUCUGCCGAUGCAUCAGAAAAGCCGAAGAUUGAUCCCAACUAUCUUUCCAACGCACUCGAUUUGGAGAUCCUGGCGCGCCACUUGCUCUUUGUCGAAACGAUUGCCAAGACCGAGCCCCUCGCAUCCCUUCUCAAAAAGAAUGGCCGCCGUGUACCGCCCAAUGUGCACCUCCAUAACUUGGACGAGGCCAAGAAUCUCGUGCGUGAUACCCUGGUCUCGACCUAUCACCCGGCCAGCACGUGCUCCAUGCUGCCCCGAGAACUCGGGGGCGUUGUCGACGACCAGUUGCAGGUGUAUGGAACCAAGAAUGUCCGGGUUUGCGAUGCGAGUAUCUUCCCACUGAUACCGCGUGGAAAUAUCCAAACAAGCGUGUACGCCACGGCCGAGAAGGGCGCGGACCUGAUCAAAGGCGCCGUUGCAUAA